CUAGCACUUAGGAAGAAGUGUAAGGCCGCUGUCUCCUUCUGACACUAUGUAUAAUACCAAAGACUGCAAAAUUCUGGCAUAGAAAUUUGGACCUCAGGGGGAAGGUUCGCGUCUACCUAAACAUAUAAUACUAUUAACCAUACCGAUUGUAAACGUAGCGGAUGAAACUUAUACUGGACCCGGUUGUCGGGUUACAGAGCUGUCAGGGUAAACCCAUUCAAGCAAUAAACUCGUAAUGGCAGCGCUAUCUGGCGGAGGACCAGCCCAACAUGGGCAUAAAUGGAUUGCUGCAGCAGCUUAAGAGCAUUUCACGCCCUACACACGUCAGCUCGUACCGCGGGCACAAAGUCGCCAUCGAUGGGUACUCGUGGUUGCAUAAGGGGGCGUACAGUUGCAGCCGUGAGCUAUGCGAAGGAGUAUGGACUGACGGGUAUGUCCGGUACUUUGUGUCCCGCGUUGAAAUGCUGCUGGGAAACGGCGUCAUACCCGUUGUUGUAUUCGAUGGGUGCCGGCUUCCUAUGAAGGCAGAUGAGGAGGACAGCCGCCGCAGGAACCGCCGGGAGGCCCUGGAGCGUGCUCGGUCGCAUGCGGAGUCGGGCAACAUGGCGGCCGCUACGGAGUGCUACCAGCGGGCAGUCGACAUCGCGCCGUGGAUGGCCAAGGUGGUCAUGGAGGCUCUGCGUGAGCGCGGCGUGCUAUGCCUGGUAGCGCCGUACGAAGCUGAUGCACAGAUGUCGUACCUGGCGCUGCGCGGUGAUGUACAUGCCGUACUUACGGAGGACAGCGACAUGCUGGCGUACGGCUGCCCACGUGUGCUGUACAAGUUGGAUCGCAGCGGCUCGGGCGAGGAGAUCCUGCUGGCUGACUUGCCGCUGGUGCGGGAACUCAACAUGACGGGGUUCGACCAUGAGAUGCUGCUGCAGAUGUGCAUCUUUGCCGGCUGCGACUUCCUGCCCAACCUGUCGGGGGUGGGCAUCAAGAAGGCGCACGCCAUGAUGCGCAAGCACCGCGACUUCGUCAAGGCCGUCCGCUUCCUGCGUUUCAACGGCACCUCCCUGCCGCCCGGCUACGAGGUCCGCUUCCAGCGCACCAUCUGGCUCUUCCGCCACCAACGCGUGUUCUGCCCGCACGACCGCGUCAUGACGCACCUGCGGCCGCUGCCCCCGGGCGGCCUGGGCGGCGCGGAUGUGCAGGUGCUGGCCGCGCUGCCGCCGGAGGGGCCGGAGCUGCAGGAGCUGCCGUUCCUGGGACCGCCCAUGGAGCAGGGGGUUGCGGCGGGCAUUGCUGCGGGCGACUUGGAUCCCAACACCCUGCAGCCCUUUGACCUCGUCGCCAUUUACCGCGGCUGCCGCUACCCGCCCCGCCACCUGCAUGCACUCCUCCACCUGCCGCCAGCGCCACCAUCCUCCCAGCACCAACAGCAACAACAACCCUCGCAGCAGCAACAGCAACCCCGCCGCGGAACGUCAUCCGGCUCCGGCUCCGGAACCGCUCUGGAGGGCGGCGGCAGCCAGCGUCGCAUUCCCUGGGCCCCUGCAUCAGCAGCACCAGGGGGCACAGGCGGCGGCGGUAGCCACCAUCACGGCCCCCCCCGGCAGCACAGCCAGCCGGGGGGUGGCCUUCUUCCACAGCAGCAGCACCCGUUUGGGCGCCAUGCGGGGCGGCCGCCGGUUGCACCCCCACGUGACGCAGCAACAAACGGCAUCAGGAAGUACUUUUUUCAGCCGGAUCCGGCCGCAAGUCAGCCUUACAAACGGCCCGGUACGGCAACGCAAGGCGCCGCUGUCGUGACGCUGAGUGGAGCUGCAGUGCAGUGCGUGGAGGCUGGGGCGCGCAGGGGCCGCAGCAGCAGCUGUAGUCAGGGCGGAGAGGGUGGCGUUGGGACGUUGGGAGAAGGAGAGGCGACGGAGGAUGGAGACGGCGUCUCGGCGGGAAUGGCGGCUGCGUUACGGUUCUUUGCGGUUUCGGAGUCCCAAGGGGCCCUGUCAGCAGGAGCGGGUGUUGGGGAAGACGAGCAGCGUCCGGAGGGCGCCGGGGAUGAUGGGGAGCCUGACGAAUUCAUGCCGCCCAGCUCCAAAAGGCGCCGGCGAGACGUUGGUGGCAUCGCAGGGGCCGGCACAGCAGCCGCAGCAGCCGGCGGUGGUGGUGGCGGCGGCGGCUCUGCUAGCCUGUUCUCUCAAUUCCGGCGCGGUAACGCACCCGCUCGGUCGCAUGGUGCAGCUGGGACCAACGGUGCUGGACGUGUGGCGGAUAGGAACCCCUCUGUGGCAGCGGGUGGCGACGCGGACACCUUUUGCGGCGCCUCUUUAGGCCAAGGCGCGGCGGAGGGUGGCGGUGGAGGAACGGGCAGUCAGGCGGGCUCGCAGGGUCUGCUGCGCGGGUGGCUCUCGGGCGCUGCAUCCGACCAUGAGGGCCCAGGCAGCCAAGCGGCCGCGGGGACCGCCAGCCAGUUCAACAGUCAGUACGACAGCCAGCUCGACAGUCAACUAACUGCCGGCUGUGAAGCGGCGGCGGGCUGGGGGCUGCGAGGCGGUGGUGGAGGGCGAGGGGGCGGCCGGUCGCGAGCGCCUGCGCACCUUGCCAUGGAGGCGCUCUUCUCGCAGCCUUCCGACUCCUGUCCGCUGUCGCAGCAGCCUCUCUGCGGUGGAGGUGGAGGUGGAGGCGGUUCCAGCACCAGCUGGGGCCUGCCGCCCGGUCCUCCCUCCGCCCAUGUCCCCAGCCGCCGCCAGGUCAUGGGCGCCCUGGCUGCGGCCCAGAGCUGGAGGCAAGCAGGCAGCUGCGCGGGAACUGCAGCAGGAGGGACAGGAGGAGGAGCUGCGUUGGGGCUGCUGGCGUCUGGGGACGGCAGCCAGCGCCCGUACAACAGCCUUAGCAUGGUGCAUAGCCUCGAGGAAGGUGAAGACGCCACCUCGCUCGCCACCCGCGAACACGAACACGGGCUGGGAGCCGCAGUUUCGGGCCCUGCUGCUUCGGCAGCAGCAGGGCGUGCUGGUGUUGGGCUCGCUGGCCGGCCCUGCGGUCUGGGCGGUAACAGUACCGGCACUAGAGGCAGGCUGCUGCCACCGCAGUUCAGCAUAUACGACCUGGGGGUUGAGGCUGAGGGUGAGCAGGCGGACGGGGCAGCAUCAGACCUUCUUGGGAGCAUGCAGCCAUGCGGCCCCGAUGCGGUCCUCACGGUCGGAGUCUCCGCGGUUCUUGGCUCACCACACCACCGUGCCGGAAGCGGCCCAAGGCGCUAUCUCGUGGGUGCCGGAGCGAGGGGCAUGGAUGCGGCGGGGGACAUUGCCGACGGAGAGGGCGGGGGCGAAGAGGAGGAGGAGGAGGUAACCAGCCCCUUCAAGGGCCCUCAGCGGCAACCACGGCAGCAGCCCGUUCUGGGUCUCCGCCGGCGCCGGAAUUCCGGUGAGCAGCAACAGCAGCAGCAGCCUGUGCCUGCUCCAGCUUCUGUGUCACAUAUGUCGCGGCUGCUGCAUCCAUCAGCCAGGCGGCUGCUGGGUGGUGGGGAUCCCAUGGGCGCUGCCCUAGAAGGCGGCAGCGGCGGCAAGGGUCAGGGCGCCUGCCAGUCGCACCAAGUGCUAAGGCAGCAGCAACAGCAGCAGGAGGAGGAGGAGCAGCAGGAGCAGGCGUUGUUGCGGGCGCUGGGAGACGAUGCUGGUGGUGGCUGCGAGGGCGCAGGGACGCGGCUCUUUUGUUCACCGGGUACACGGCCACGCGGGUCUCCGCCGGCAGAUGUUGGUGAUCUUGACGACGUCAGCGGAUGGCAGGAGCCGCCGUCUCCUAGCGGUGAGCUCUUUGGCAGCCGUCGAGGAAGGGCUGGGAAAGGCGGGGUUGGCUGCGAGGCAGGACGGCUAGGCGAGCUGGACGCAGGCACUGGCGGAGGCAUGGGUGACGAUGGUAACGAUAACGGUGAUGACGAUGAUCCCGAGGCCUCGAAUUUUAUGCGUGCGCUGGAGCGUCAGGAUGCUAACAGCAGGCGUGAAUCACUCUUAGCAGGGUUAGGGUUACAGCAGCAGCAGUUGCAGGACGAGCAGGAACAGCAAGGGCGGCAGCAGCAGCAACAGCAGCAGCAGCGGCGGCUUCAGCGAGCGGAAGGGGUAUUGCAUGGAGAGGGCAGUGGUGACAGCGGCGGCGCGCGGACGCACAGGACGCUCCAAAAGAGCCGUCCCAGACGCUCCAACGACGGCUUCCCAGCAGGACGUGACGAGAACAACGGUGUGGCGUCGUGCCUGUUCCCUGAGCUCCAUGACACACAUGGUGAUUACAUGGCAACCGGACUAGUGGAGGGCGCCGGCGAGGGGAAUGCUGUUGGUCUCCGACGGGCGAGGACCAGCGCAGCUACGGUUGCCGCACGACUGGCAGCAGCAGCAGCCGCUGCUGCUAAGUCCCCUGGCGGUGAUGGCAGCGGUGGUGGUGCAGUUGCUGCCAUUGCUGCGCUGCGUCGGACGUCGCCUAUCGGUGGGCUUGGUCAACAGGCACCGCAUGAGCAGCGCUGCUAUGGGGCAGAUGCAGGCGAAGACCGUGGAGGCAUGCAGGUGGUAACUGACACGGCAGGAGCACAGCAGGAGGAGGAGGAGCGACGGCCGCAACCGGCGGAGGCGGACCGGCAUGGGGCCGAGGCGAAUGUAGGUGGUGCGGGUGAGGCGGCAGCCCAUCGGAGCAUGGAGGGCGAGGAGGAGGGAGACGAGGAUGUGGAGAUUAUCGCGGAUGUGGCCGCUGAUGGAACCGCAGCCCAUGACGAUCCGCUGCAAUCUCUGCGCCACAUGGCUGGUUUUGCGCGGAUGGCUAAGCAGGCGCUAACGCGCGUGGAGCAUAACUUGUUCCCAGUGCCGCCCAGCACGACCCCGCCGCCGCCACAGCAGCCACAAGCCAGGCAGCAGCAGCUGCUGCUGUCACAGCAACCAAGGCGGCAUUCGUCAGGCACGCCCGCCGGGCUCCGUGGAGGUUAUUCCGCACCCGGUGCGCCGCCUGCUACCGCUCCCAAGCCACUUGCCGAUUUUGCGUUCGUGCGAAGUGCACCCAAGCGGCGCAGCGCGGUUGGGCGUGCCAGCUUGGGCGCCGCUACACAAAGGGAGCUAGGCUACCGCCCCAAUGUGUUCGUACAGGGCGGCUUGGAUACCCUGCAUGACUCGGGCCUAUCUCCGCUUCCACAGCAACAGCCGCAGCUUUUCGCGCAAGGAACGCCGGGGCAGGCGGGCAUGCAGGGGGUUGCCAACAACGACAGCGCUGGUAUUGAUAAUGACGAGGAUGACGAUGUUGAGAUUGUGGAGGUGGCGGCCCGGGCGGUAGGCUGUGUGGGACGCGGCGUCGGGGGUGGCAGCGGUGGUGGUGGGGUGCUUGCAGGUGGGCUUGCAUCACAACAGCGUCGCGGCGGCGGUGGGGGUGGAGCCGCCCGUCAAGCCCUAGCCGAGGUGGACCUGCGGAGGCCCUUCCAGCCGCCCCGUAGGACUGGAGGCAGCGGUACGACGGGGGUGGGCGGAGUCGGGGUGCGUGGGGCUGGUCUUGGCAAGGGCAAGGGUAAAGGUCUGGAGCUGCAGCAGCAGCGGAUUACUGACCUGAGGAACUUUGCAUUUGCAGGCAGUAAGUAGGCUAGGUUGGUUGGUCAGGCAUGGUUAGCAGCGUUCGUUAGGUUCGUAGCGUAGGCGGUUGGAGCAGGCCAGUGUUUUGUGAAGCAGGUACAGGCUCUAGGGACAGCGAUAUAGAUAGGUACCGGUGUGUGUAGGUUGCUAGAGUGGGGGCAGACGGCAGCAUUCGGAUGUAACAGUUUUGAGCCAACAAUGGCUGUAUGUACCGUAUGUGAUGUUUUUUGUGGGUGUUAUGAAAAGUAGCCGCAAGUUGGAACGUAUUUUUCGCCGGUGUGUCGUGUGUUAAGAAAACUGGCCGUGUGUCGUGUGUCGACGCUGGACGGUGCUUACCCAGGUGUCAGGACACCCAGGUUACUCUAGAGUACUGACUCAAGCGAGAACUAAUAUUGCUAAUACAUCAGUAUGGCAGGUUGAUAGAGGGUCGUAAUGCGAGCGCUCGCGGGUUUCUUGGUGUUUGCGUGUGCCGUGCUUCUUGCUGCCCUUGGCGGGCAGCAUGGUUAGCAUGUAGGCAGCCGGACACAGGCCAGGUAUGACCAUGCAUGCUGCCAGCCCCACAAGACUCAACGGAGUCAACGUGGAUGGAUUCAUAUUCCAUCACCGACCUAACCUAGUUGCUCCAGACCAAUUCUGGCCACGCCGGGCAACGGGUGAAACUUUGCUGGCCAGUUACUGGAUCAAUCAGCUUUAACUGUAUUGUAAGUAUCCUGCGAGG